GUCUGACCACUUCCGCCCUGUUCAUUCAAGUGCGCAUGAUUCUCUGAGCAGCUGUGUUUGUCAGAAGUCAGUAUGAACCAGGAGAAAUUGGCUAAACUUCAAGCCCAGGUCCGGAUAGGGGGCAAGGGAACAGCACGCAGAAAGAAGAAGGUGGUGCACAGAACGGCAACAGCUGAUGACAAGAAACUUCAAAGUUCGUUAAAGAAGCUUGCAGUCAAUAACAUAGCUGGCAUUGAAGAGGUGAAUAUGAUUAAAGAUGAUGGCACAGUCAUUCACUUCAAUAACCCCAAAGUGCAGGCGUCUCUGUCUGCCAAUACGUUCGCCAUCACAGGCCACGCAGAGACCAAACAGCUUACGGAAAUGCUCCCGGGAAUCCUCAGUCAGCUCGGCGCUGACAGUCUCACAAGUCUGCGCAAACUCGCCGAGCAGUUUCCCAGACAGGUUCUGGACAACAAAGCUCCAAAAGUAGAAGAUAUCGAUGAAGAAGAUGAUGAUGUCCCAGAUCUUGUAGAGAACUUCGACGAGGCAUCAAAGAACGAGGCAAACUGAGCAUUGGACCUUCAGUAACUGCUGUUCAGAACAAAGUCUCCUGCAGUAUUUUUAAAUUAGAGUGACAGACAUAUCAUUUCAACACCAUUCAGUGAAACCAGAGACUUUUAUAUCAUAAAUUGGCUGUCCCAGAUCCAUUCCUGACCUUUCUCCUGCAUUUAUACAGAAAGACGGACGGUUAAUUGAAUGCUUAAUGGUUCUAAAUCUUAUCAUGUUGCUAGUUGAAAUGCUAGUUUUGACGGCGAUGGCUAUAAAAAUGAGUCUUAAUGAUUUUUUUCUGUUAAUUAAAUAAAAAUAAAGCUCAUAAAACGUUUCUAUAUGGUGCUUUGCUUUUCCUCAAGAUGCUUGAAAAGAUUUGUCAUGGGGUCUGUAGUAUCAUUAGGCAUGUUAUUAUUAUUAUUAUUAUUGCAAGAGUAAAAUGUGUUGUCCCUUUGAAAUGUUUAAAAUGCUAGCUAGGUUACACCAAAACACUAUUGCUAGUUCUUUUGGCCAAAAUUGUUGUACAGUUGAUUAAUAAUAUCCUAUGUAUUUUAAAUUUGAUCAUUUUUGUUUUUACUUUUGCAGUAUAACAGCCACCUAGAAACUGUUUAUGUUAAAAA